UUUUCUCACCUGUCAGUUCGGAGCAGACACUGUGGAGGUGUCCAUCCUGGCCCCAGUGUUUCUACCUGACAGCGGGUCUUUUUUUUCCCCGAACACAAAUGGAAAUUUUAUGUGGCUACUUUAUGGUAAAUUGAGGAAAUCGUCUAACACGAUUAGUUUUGUGCAAACAUGGAGCCCCUGGCAGUGGAUGACGACAUUUGUAUCCUCAAACACGAGACCGCUUACACGGCUGCUGUCGAGAGUCCGGUGUCGGUCUGCGCGGGGGACGAAUCUGUGGCUUCCCACUUUGCCUUGGUCACGGCGUACGAAGACAUUAAGAAGAGGCUCAGAGAUACGGAGCGGGAGAACGCCUUGCUAAGAAAGAGGGUCAAACAGCUCGAAGACAAGCUCUUUAGGCCAGAGACGCCAUCGGAGGGUCCCCAAUAUGUGAACAAGGCCUUCAGCGCAUACAGAGGAAUUUACAUUGAGAAGGAGGACUUGCAGAUGGAGCUCAACAAACUAAAAAAGGAGAAGAGUGACAGUGAGAGGUUUUUGACGGAACAACUGCAGGCCAAAGAGCUGGAGCUGCUUCAGCUGAGGACAGAGAUGGAGACCAGCCAAGGUACAGUGAUGAAGAGCCUGAACAGCCCUCAGGACUUCUGGCAGGUGGAGAUGGUAAACACGGAGAUGCAGAUCCACAAACUUCAAGAAGAACUGGAACGAGUUACUCUGGAGAACAGCCGACUGCUGGAAAAAAGCACAGAGGAAACCCAUGGCAUGAAUGGACCAGACUUGGAACAGAUCUGUGAUGCAACGUAUAAUGCAAGUAAGGAGACGAGCGUGCAGCAGACAUACAAGGAUUUGUGCAGCGAAGUCACUCAUCUGCAUUCAGAGCUGAAGCGUCAAACGGGCCUCAUAAGGAAGCUGAAGCCUCUGCUCAAUGAGGCAAGACAAGCAGCUUCGACUGUUCCCGUCCAGUGUUUGGAUGACGUGGAGAAAAACAACAACCUCCCAGCGCCACAGCCCCCGAACGCCCCAGCGCUCCCCUCAUGCGCCGGUCGCCCCUUCCCCCCCUUCAGCGGCCCGCCGGGAAGGCUUUUGCCCGACGGUCUGAGGGAGGACUGUUGGUACAACGGACCCUGGCCCUCUCAAAGCUGCAGCGCUCAGACUCUGCUGGGGGGUGAGGGCGGCUCCGUCGUGCUCCCCCCGCCUCCACUGAACCAAGCCUCCCUGGAUGACAGUUCACACUCCUUCCCCAGCCCCCCCAAGCCCAGCGACGCCAUGUUCUGGGAGGGACACUCCGCCGCGUCCAACUCCUCGUCUUCAAUGGGAAACUGCAGCCCCAAGAGUCCUCCCAACACAGAGUGGGUCAAACCCUUUUAGGAAGAACUGACACCGGGGCAGAAAAGAAUGGACACAUGGAGGAGCAUUCUCAAGUCUGCCACAUUGCUACCACCUAACCUGCCUUAAGUUGAUGAAACCAUUCAUCAGUAGUGGACACCAGGCUGGACCUACUUGUUGUGGGAACUUAUUGAGGCUAAGAAAGCACUUUUCUGAGGUAAAGACAGACGAAUUUGAACUUUCCAUUUGUGCACACCACAUCAGCUUUGACCUGCUGGAAGACCCUCAGUGGUGUAUGUGCCAGUGCAAGCACUCCAAUAAGUGCUUUCAAUCCCUGAGCACUUGAAAUGUCGGGUGUCUAUAUAUUAUACACAGCAUACAGGCAAAUAUAUAGAUAGAGGCACAUAAACAAGGUGCCUGUGUAUGCGGAUCCGUUUUUGGGAAUCCCUGGCCUUCCUGUAUCUGUAUUUCCUCCUAAUAAACCUGGUAGGUGUCUUCAAAGGGCCUCUUUCUGCAUAUAUCCUGGUCACUAGAGCCAAAACCUAAAGGUAGAUUUCGUAUAUUGGACCUGUUUAAAAUCAAGUGUCUUUACACUGGACCCCUGUAAAGUAAACAAGGUAUGUAGCCCUACCUUUGUCUAUGUUUGUGUGCAGAGGUUGUGGUCUGAGGAUUUGGUGCAUCUGCUUUGAACAAUGACGGCAAGAAGUGACUGAUAAUCGCUGAUUUUGGUUCCAGAUUUCCUUAGCUUCAAAUUGAAAUAAAAUAUAUUUAUUUUUUUAUUAUGUGCAACAUUAUGUUUUGGAUCAGGGUUAAAUAUCAAAUUGGAAUGCACGUUUUUCCAGUCGGAAUGGAUGCUCGACAAUGGAAAGUUUUUUAUGUACAUUUUAAGAUGAAACAAGUUUUUUUUUUUUUACAUUUCACAAUUUGUGCAAAAACAUCCUCCAACUUGCCUGUUCUUUAAUUUUAUUUUUUGCUUUUUUAGACAUGUCAAACUGAAUAUAUUGCCUUUCUAUCCCACUUUCAGCAUUUUAGACGUUUCAGUUUUCCAUACUUCUAAAUUUGGUGGUUAAACGAAAAAAGACGUAUUCCCUUCCAUGUAUUUUUUAAACGUGAUGCAGAUGGAAAGAGACAUGAAGAUAAUGUGAUAAGAGGAAAACUUUGCACUGUCCCAAUGAGGCAUUUGUGUUUUGGACCGCAAUCAGCAGAAAAUGAAGAGUGUAUAGAGCAUUAACGUGAGAUUAAAAGCUGGACAGAAUGUGCAUAUGUGUAUAAAUGUAAAUGGUGGCCUACUUUGACAAAUGUCAUUUUCGAGCUCAAAACUAAACAUUUAGGCUUUUUUUUUUCCUUUUCUGACACCAAGAACUUCUUUUUAGGAUCUUUCUGUGGACAGGAGUGACGUUGAGAGUUGUGAGCUUUGACUUGACAGAGGUGCACAAAAAUCUGAUGUAAAUUUCCUUAAAAUAUUAUUUUAACUUUUUUUUUUUUUUUCACAAUUGUGAUUUUAAAGACAAGUUCAUUUCCAGCUCCAGUUUGGUACUUCUGUAUACGUUUUGCAAAACCAAAAUGCAAUGUACAGUAGAUAUGGAUUAUAUUUUAGACUCGCUGCACUUCAGACUGUUUGUAAAUAUGAUUAAUAAAUGAGUAAAUGGUAUCUGCUUUG